AUGAAGUGGAUCAUCUGUCUAUUUGCCUUGCGCAUGUGCUGGGCUUUUGUGCAUCCCAUUAAAGUCCAUGGCCACUACUUCGUUGAUACGGUCACCGAAGAACCGUUCUACGUAAAAGGCGUCGACUACCAACCGGGCGGUUCUUCAGCCGUUUCACUCAGCAAUGAUCCUCUAUCAGACCCCAAGACUUGUGCCAGAGACGUGAUUUUGUUCCAGGAGCUAGGCAUCAAUACCAUCCGGAUCUACUCCAUCAACCCCGACUUGAACCACGAUGUGUGCAUGUCGCUACUAGCAACUGCAGGUAUCUACCUCGUCUUGGACGUAAACUCGCCUUUGCCUGGCCAGCACCUCAAUCGGUACGAGCCAUGGACUACAUAUACCACGGACUACUUGGAACACGUAUUUAAAGUGGUGGAGCAGUUUUCAUACUACAACAACACAUUGGGUUUUUUUGCUGGGAACGAGAUAAUCAAUGAUAACAGCUCAGCCACCCAUAGUCCUACGUACGUGAAGGCGGUGAUUCGAGAUAUCAAACGAUACAUUGAGAAGAACUCACCCCGCGUGAUCCCAGUUGGAUAUUCAGCAGCCGAUGAUCUACGCUACAGGAUGCCCUUGGCUGAUUACUUAGCUUGCGUUCAGGAUUCUUCUCUUGAUGCAGUUGAUUUUUACGGGGUAAACUCUUACCAAUGGUGUGGCGAGCAAACUUUCUACACCAGCGGAUACAAUCUUCUUGUUGCCGAUUAUUCCCACUACCCUAGACCAGUUUUCUUUUCGGAAUAUGGUUGCAACGAAGUAUCACCUCGUCUCUUUGAGGAAGUUCGCUCUCUCUACUCCACUGACAUGGCCGAUACCUUUGCUGGGGGAUUGGUGUACGAGUUCACUCAAGAGCCAAACAACUAUGGUUUAGUAGAAAUAAUGGAAAAUGGCGAUGUAAACUUGUUGGAAGACUUCAUUCAAUUGAAAACCCAAUUUGACAUCCUAACCCUAGAUUACCAGUAUACUACCAGCUCAACCCUAGAACACACCGAUGAAAUACUGGCAAAAUCAAGGACUUUUAAUUAUUCACUACCAGAAUGUGAAGCGAAUUAUGAGAACCUAGAUACCUCCAAACCUCUUCCUAGUACGGCUGCAAAUCUUUUGAUUAACCUGGGCGUAAAGGUGGAGAGAGGAAAAUUUGUCAAUCUCGAUCCGGAUCAAUUGACUUCAUCAUAUAAGGUCUCGAGAUCGGGUGGCCCUGAUUAUCCAUUGCCCCGAAAGGUCAACGAAUUGAUCAACAUCAUGUCCGGAUCCGAAAUAAAGAAGCCCAGUCGAAUUUCAAAUCAUGCAAACGGUACGUAA